AACAGACAAAUCCAAAAAGAACCUUUUUUUUUUUUCUUAUCAAGUUUUUCUGUAAAUGAUUCACAAGUCAAACGAUUGGACUCGCCGGAUUCUCACGUUCCCGGCGGUACAUCCCUGCCAAUCAAUCUCUCCGGUCACUCUCGUUAACUCGCUCAUCGAUCUCGGUAACAAAAUUUGCAGCUACAGAUCUAUAUGCUUCGCUACUAACAAGCGAAACGCCCGGCAGGCGUUUCGCCAUGUUAGAAAUCUUCUUGUUUUUCUCGAGGAAAUAGGAAACGGUUCGUCGAUUAUGCCAGAUUCAUUUGCCUUGAGCUUGUCGGAGCUCCAUUUGACAUUCCAAAAGCUCCUGUACCUAGUAGAAGAUUGCACUCGAGAUGGCGCUCGGACGUGGAUGUUAACGCAAUCAGAUCGGAUCGCUAACCACUUCCGGGACAUUUUCCGCGCAAUAGCCAUGAGCCUGGAUGUAUUCCCUUUUGGAUCAGUGGAUUUGUCCGAUGAAGUCAACGAGUUAAUCGAACUGCUCGUUAGACAAACCCGUAAAGCAAGAUCCGAUGUUGACCCUGAUGAUAGCCGAGUUAUAAAUGAUAUUAUCUGGAUCUUGGGUCGGUUCGAGGAUGGGGUUGCCCCAGAUCCGAGAGAAAUCAAACCGGUUCUGGAGUAUCUCGGCAUCAGAAAAUGGAGCAACUGCAACAAGGAGGUUAAGUUCCUGGAUUCAGAGAUUGCUGCAGAGUACUUAAACGAAGAAAAGAAGAAGGAAGUGGAGCUCUUGAGUAGCUUAAUGGGAUUCAUGUGCUAUUGCAGGGUUGUAAUAUUUGGUUCGAUUGACACUGGAUCUAGCGAUAAUCAACAGCGCAACCAGGAGGAAUUUCAUGGCCUUAACCCAGAUGAUUUUCGAUGUCCAAUUUCUCUUGAGAUCAUGGCUGAUCCAGUCACAUUAUCAACUGGGCACACCUACGAUCGCACCUCCAUCUUGAAGUGGUUCAGGGCAGGGAAUCGAACGUGUCCCAACACAGGAGAGAAGCUAACAAGCACAGUGUUAGUCCCUAAUUUGGUGGUCAGGCGCCUAAUCGAGCUUUACUGCUCUGAAAACGGAGCAGGUUCUGGUUCUGAACCAGGUCGCAAGAAUCGUGACUUGAAAAGGACGAUGGUUGCAGGGAGUAUGGCAGCUGAAGGAGCCGUUAAGAUGCUCGCUGCUUUUAUUGCAGACAGGCUCGUUAACGGCGAUCCUGAAGAGACAAACAGAGCGGCUUUUGAGGUUCGGGUUCUUAGCAAGACGAGCAUUUUUAACAGGUCUUGCUUGGUAGAAGCUGGAACCAUACAAUCUCUAUUGAAGUUGUUAUUGUCAAGCGAUUCAACAACCCAAGAGAACGCCAUUGCCGCUCUGUUAAAUCUCUCAAAACAUUCCAAAAGCAAGAGUGUAAUAGUUGACAAUGGUGGACUGGAUUUGAUUGUGGGUGUCUUGCACAAUGGACUAAAAGAAGAGGCUAGACAGCAUGCAGCUGCUGUUCUUUUUUAUCUCGCCUCAGUUGAGGAGUACAGCGAGAUGAUUGGAGAAAUUCCGGAGUCAAUACCGAGUUUAAUAGAGUUGAUUAAAGGCACUAACCAUCAUGCUAAAAAGAACGCAUUGGUUGCCAUUUUUGGGCUCUUGACAUACCCUGAUAAUCACAAGAGAGUACUUGCAGCAGGGACUGUCUCUUUGUUGAUUGAGCUUCUCAGAUCUGCCGAUAGGGAGUAUCUCAUAACAGAUUCUCUAGCGGUCUUGUCUUCUCUAGCACAAAAUCCUGAUGGGUGCAUCGCAAUUCUACGCGGUGGAGCACUAAAUCUUAUCAUCGGAACUCUGAAUUCAUCCUCUUCAAGGGCAGGGAAAGAAUUUUGCGUGUCCUUGUUGUUGGCUCUGUGCAUCAAUGGCGGGGCCGUUGUGGUAUCUGUUUUAGUGAAGAACCCUUCUCUCAUGGUGUCUUUGUAUUCCUUACUCAAUGAAGGAACAUCUCGAGCAAGCAAAAAGGCGAGUGCCCUUAUCAGAAUCCUCCAUGAAUUCUAUGAAAAAAGCUCCUCUUCCACUCCAAGAACUCCAGUACUCCCAGGAGAACAAUUUAUUCACGUAUGGUAGCCCGAAUUUUAGAGGGUUUAUCGUCUGGUUUUCGUUAUAGUUUCCUCAUAUACAAACACACAACUGUGUAUAUUUCUUGUUUGAUUUCUUCAGUAUUAGCUCGGUUUUUGAAAGAGCUAAUUGUAACUGUAUCGGCUUCUAUUUUUUCAUGAAGCUUUGUACAGAUUGUAUGGCAAUUCUUUUUAUAGAUUGUUAAUAAGAUGAUGUUUUACAAUUAUUUGAAAUAUCAAUCUCCCUGAACUUGUAGUGUAUAAAUUGAAAUC